AUGCCGUACUCAGUGGGCCUCCAGGCCGUUGGUGCUGCUUUCAUAUCCGCAGGCUUCGCGACUCAGUUUACCACAUCCGUCAUUAUCUUCCUUCUUAUCGUCUUCAAUACAGUUAUUAUUGUAUCAGGGGAAUCGGCUCGUCAGGAGUUUUUCACAGCCAAAAAUUUCGACCUGACGGAAGGGUUUAAGAUCCUGUCUGGGGCCAUACCCAUGGUCAGAGGAGUGACAUCUGACUUACAAACGAGAAGGGUUGCCCUGAUUCAUAAAAGACUCGCCGACAUCCAGCGCAACGAGCCCCUAAGCCAACUGAUUCCAUUGUUAUUGGAAGAUUCUCGACGAAUCAUGGAGGGAUGGGGAGAUUCCGGAGUGUUCGAUCCUUUCAAACAAAUCUACGAGCUCACGUUCCAAACGACUGUUCGAAGCCUGUCGUGCUCAGAAAUAUCGGAUGAUGCGAUCUUGGUAUCACGUCUAAAGAACUUGUAUGACAAGCUUGAUACUGGAACGACACCGGCCACCGUGUUGAUCCCAUGGGCCCCUACGCCAUCAAUGGUGCGAAAGUUGUGGGCGACGAAGGAGAUCUAUGAUAUUAUCGUUGCUGCAAUCAAGGCCCGUGAAGAGAGCGGCGUGCAAAGGGACGACGCGCUGCAGAUGCUCCUGGACUUUAAAGACGAGAAGCUCGUUGUGGUCGGCUUCAUCAUGGGGCUGUUGAUCGCUGGCGCCCGAGCCACUGGCACGGCAGGCAAGUUGAUCUUCCAAUUGGAGUUUCUGAAAAAGUGCUCUAAUAUUACGUGUUGGCUACUCACAUAUCUCGGAGGCCAUCAGGAAUGGCGGGCAAAAGCAUAUGACGAAAUCCAAUCACUAUUGGCGGCCCACCCUGCGCCAGAGGACUGCGCUUCCAUAUCCAAACAACUCGCCACAAUCCCUCUGGAGACUUGGGAAUCUUCGACACCUGUACUAGAUUCCAUCAUUCGGGAGACACUUCGAGUCGCUCAGCCGCACACUGCUAUGCGGAGAAAUUUGGGGCCCGAUACAUAUAUUAACGGCAAGCUGAUCCGGUCUGGGGCGUAUGUGGUGUAUCCCUUUAGCGAUAUCCACCUCGAUCCUGGGCUCUAUCCGGAUCCGUGGAAAUUCGACCCCGCACGGGAGGAGACCAAGGUGCCUUACGGAUACGUCGGUUGGGGUGGAGGCAAAACUACUUGUCUAGGGACUCGUCUCGCGAAGUUGGAGUUGAAGCUAAUAACGGCGAUGUUACUGCUUGGGUUCAACCACGACAUCGUUGAUGAUAGGGGAGUCGUUGCGGAUCCUCUACCAACUCCCAACUGGAAUGACAUUCUUCUAUGUCGACCACCCAAAGGAACGUGCAAUCUGAGGUAUUCCCGCACGGCCACUCCUCUGUAGGAUUUCCAUGGUCAAUUUCUGUUAUGGUAAUGCCGCGACAUCCCCUUUAGGCCUUCCGUUUUCCUUUCCUUCUUACUUACCAAUUACCUAUGUUGCCAUUUCUUAACUAUAACUGCGCGCGCGCACGCCGCAGCUCCAUGUACUCAUAGUGACUCUAGCUUCAACACGCUAGGAGUCAACAGAAUAUUCUCGCAAUCGGAACGAAGGAGUAGUGACAUAACAUCGGUGGACACAUUGGCUUUGCCUAGUGAAGGAUAGCUCAUGGUAGACACCAUUGCUACUCCAAUAACAAGUUUCAUUGACAGCGUU